AUGCCAAAUGAGAGAAUCCUCCACCCAAGUCAAACCCAGGAAGAAGACUGUUUACAAAGUCAGUAUGUCAGCAAUGAUGAAGAAAUGCCAAACAAGCAAGAAAAUGGUGUGCCAGAUACAGGGGUGGAGGAAAACCUUCCCUCUUUUUCCUCUGGUAGUGGACUGUCUGCUGUGGCUGAGAGGUGUGCGUUGGAAGUUCCAAGGAGAGGACCAGCCCUACUUCAGAUUGAUAGGCAUCAUAUCCAGGCAGUGGAGCUAAGUGCUCAGGCCUUUGAACUGCAGGGCUUGGGGGUGGAUGUCUAUGACCAGGAAGUGCUGGAGCGGGGUGUGCUUCAGCAGGUGGAUAACGCCAUCCAUGAAGCUAGCCGUGCAGCCCAACUUGCUGAUGCAGAGAAAGAGUAUCGGUCAGUCCUGGAUGACCUCAUGUCAUGUACGACAUCCCUCAGGCAAAUCAAUAAGAUUAUUGAACAACUUAGCCCUCAAGCUACCACCAACAGAGAUGUCAACAGGAAACUAGAUUCUGUAAAACGACAGAAGUACAAUAAGGAACAACAGUUAAAGAAGAUCACAGCAAAACAAAAACGUCUUCAGGCAAUCCUUGGAGGAGUAGAUGUGACUGUUGAAAUAGAUCCUACCAACUUGGAAGAGGAUGCAGAGCCAGGACCAUCCUGCCUGGGCAGUAUGCUCAUGCCUGUUCAGGAGACUGCUUGGGAGGAGCUCAUCCGCACAGGCCAGAUGACGCCUUUUGGUACCCAGAUCCCUCAGAAACAGGAGAAGAAGCCUAGAAAACUAAUGCUCAAUGAAGCAUCAGGCUUUGAAAAGUAUUUGGCAGAUCAAGCAAAACUAUCUUUUGAAAGGAAGAAGCAAGCUUAUAAUAAAAGAGUGACGAGAAAAGCUCCAGCCUUGGCUUCUUCUGAGUUGAAUCCAACACUAAAUGAAAGCAAACAAAAGAAGAGAAACAAAGUUCUCUCAAAAACAGAUAAGCGCUUGAAAAAGCAUAUCACGAAACUCCAGAAAAGGGCUCUUCAGUUACAGGGGAAAGUAGGAUUGCUAAAGGGAGUGAAACCACUAGAAUCAGAUAUAAAGAGGGAAGAGGGAGUCUCUGAGAGCGAAGAAUCCGAGUACUUACCCAAGGAGGAGGAGGAGGAGGAGGAGGAGGAAAUUUCUGAGGCUGACCUGUCUGAAGGUGGCACCAAUUAUGAGCUGAAACCUCUGCUCAAAGGUCGGAAGCGGCAGAAGAAAGUUACAGUGCAGGAGAAUGAUGAAGACUUUUUCCCAAGUUCUGGAGAAGAAACUGAAGCAAGAGAAGGAAGAGGAGGAAGUCGGAAAACAGUGAGAUGGCGAGACGAUGGAGAUGAAGAUUAUUACAAGCAGCGCUUAAGGCGAUGGAAUAAACUGAGACUGCAAGACAAAGAGAAGUAUCUAAAGCUGGAAGACAAUUCUGAGGACAGCGAUGCUGAAUUUGAUGAAGGUUUUAAAAUGCCAGGUUUCCUGUUCAGAAAGCUCUUUAAGUACCAGCAGACAGGUGUUAGGUGGCUGUGGGAAUUGCACUGCCAGCAGGCAGGAGGAAUUCUGGGAGAUGAAAUGGGAUUGGGCAAGACCAUUCAGAUAAUUGCCUUCUUGGCAGGUCUGAGCUACAGCAAGAUCAGGACUCGUGGUUCAAAUUACAGGUUCGAGGGGUUAGGUCCAACUAUAAUUGUCUGUCCAACAACAGUGAUGCAUCAGUGGGUGAAAGAAUUUCACACAUGGUGGCCUCCGUUCAGAGUGGCAGUACUACAUGAUACUGGUUCCUGUACCCACAAAAAGGAGACACUAAUUCGUGAUAUUGCUCAUUGUCAUGGAAUUUUGAUCACUUCUUACUCCUAUAUUCGACUGAUGCGAGAUGACAUUAGCAGGCAUGACUGGCAUUAUGUGAUCUUAGAUGAAGGACACAAAAUUCGAAAUCCAAAUGCUGCCAUUACCCUUGCUUGCAAACAGUUCCGCACCCCUCAUCGCAUCAUCUUGUCAGGCUCACCAGUGCAGAAUAACCUCCGAGAGCUGUGGUCGCUGUUUGACUUUGUCUUCCCUGGAAAAUUAGGAACGUUGCCAGUAUUUAUGGAGCAGUUCUCUGUUCCCAUCACCAUGGGGGGAUAUUCAAAUGCUUCCCCAGUACAGGUUAAAACUGCAUACAAGUGUGCAUGUGUCUUACGAGAUACGAUAAAUCCAUACUUACUGCGAAGAAUGAAGUCAGAUGUCAAAAUGAGCCUUUCUUUACCAGAUAAAAAUGAACAGGUUUUAUUUUGCCGUCUUACGGAUGAACAGCAUAAAGUCUACCAAAAAUUCAUUGAUUCCAAAGAAGUUUACAAGAUUCUUAAUGGAGAGAUGCAGAUUUUCUCUGGACUUGUAGCCCUAAGGAAAAUAUGCAACCAUCCAGAUCUCUUUUCUGGAGGUCCAAGGAAUCUCAAAGGUCUUCCAAAUGAUGAAUUGAAGGAAGAUCAGUUUGGAUACUGGAAACGUUCUGGGAAGAUGAUAGUUGUUGAGUCCUUGUUGAAAAUAUGGUACAAGCAGGGUCAGCGAGUAUUGCUAUUUUCUCAGUCAAGACAGAUGCUGGACAUACUUGAAGUAUUCCUUAGAGCCCAAAAGUAUUCCUAUCUUAAGAUGGAUGGUACCACUACAAUAGCUUCAAGACAACCACUGAUUACAAGAUACAAUGAGGACUCAUCCAUAUUUGUGUUUCUUCUGACCACUCGUGUGGGCGGCAUAGGAGUCAACCUGACAGGGGCAAACAGGGUCAUUAUCUAUGACCCUGACUGGAAUCCAAGCACAGAUACACAGGCCCGGGAGCGAGCAUGGAGAAUAGGCCAGAAGAAGCAGGUGACUGUGUACAGGCUUCUAACUGCGGGCACCAUUGAAGAGAAGAUUUACCACCGACAAAUCUUCAAGCAAUUUUUAACAAAUAGAGUGCUAAAAGAUCCCAAACAAAGGAGAUUUUUCAAAUCCAAUGAUCUUUAUGAGCUAUUUACUUUGACUAGCCCUGAUUCAUCCCAGAGCACUGAGACAAGUGCUAUUUUUGCAGGAACUGGUUCAGAUGUUCAGACACCCAAACGCCACUUAAAAAAAAAAUUUCAUCAGGCCUUUGGAGAUGAUGAUGUUCCAAAAUGCCAAAAUUUACCAGAUUCUAAUAUAUCUGCUAAUGAUGCCAUGUUACCUGAAGAAAAAUCUAAGUCCACAGGAGCUGAAGUAUAUCCAGUAACUUCUAAUUCCAGUGAUCCUUUGAAAGAUGACUCUCAAACAAAUAAUCUGUCCAUCAGCUAUACACUUAUAGAAGAGAAAUAUUUGCAGAUAGAUGCAGUUUCUAGAGUAGAGGAGUCAUCAGUGAUUAGUGGAAAUAAGGACUGUUCAAAUUCUCCAAGAAUCAGUAAAAUAUGCAAGACACCUGAUGAGGAAAGUAGUGAUGAAAAGCAACAUCUUUCUUAUAAAAGAGAAGGCUGCCAGGUUCAGACAGAGCCUUUUUGGGAGAAUAAACAAAUGGGAAGUAGUUUUUAUAAGCACAAGUCAAAAACAAAACAUCAUGAUGUGGUAGAAGAGCCUCUGGAGAAACAUCUGAGACAGAAAGAAAAGCCUAAGAGUUCCAAGCAUCGCAAAGACGCCAAGUUUGAAGGAACUCGAAUUCCACACUUGGUGAAGAAAAGGCAGUACCAGAAGCAAGAUGGUGCAGACAAGAGUGAGGCAAAGGAACGGAACAAUGAUGAUUAUGUUUUGGAAAAGCUUUUCAAAAAAGCAGUUGGUGUGCACAGUGUCAUGAAGCAUGAUGCCAUCGUGGAUGGAGCCAGUGCAGAUUAUGUACUGGUGGAGGCAGAGGCCACACGAGUGGCCCAGGAUGCCUUGAGAGCACUGAGACUCUCUCGUCAGCGGUGUUUGGGAGCAGUGUCUGGUGUGCCGACCUGGACAGGCCAGCGGGGGAUUUCUGGUGCACCUCCAGGAAUAAAGAAUAGAUUUGGUCAGAAGAGGAAUUCUAACUUCUCUGUCCGGCCUCCUUCUUCAGCAUCUCCAAAAGGGAAAUACCAGGAUGACGCUAUGAAGACAGAGAAAAAAGAUAAUGUUCCCGAACAUUUUAGUGGAAAAGCGGAGGAUGCAGACUCUCCAUCUGGGGCUCCUACUUCAUCGUCACUCUUGGCUAAAAUGAGAGCUAGGAACCACCUAAUAUUGCCAGAGCGGUUGGAAAGUGAAAAUGUCUCUCUUUCUGAGGCUUCUGCCCCUCUACCUUCCACCACAGAACACGAUGACCUUUUGGUAGAAAUUAGAAACUUCAUUGCGUUUCAGGCCCAUAUUGAUGGCCAGGCCAGCACCCGGGAGAUCCUGCAGGAGUUUGAGACCAAGUUAUCAGCAUCACAGUCUUGUGUAUUUCGAGAACUGUUGAGAAAUCUUUGUACUUUUCAUAGAACUUCAGAUGGUGAAGGAAUUUGGAAACUUAAGCCAGAAUACUGCUGA